AGCGGGGUGUUGUAUUGUAGCUAGCUUGUAGCUGUCAGCGUUAGCCCCUAGCUGUCAGUCACGGAGGAACGGAGCGAUGCUAGACAUCUGACCGCGGUACUACAGACACACGCUGGGCUGUAGACCGGACCGGACCGGACCCCUCUGGACAGAAGUCGGAGUGAGUACAGAUUGACCAAGCACGAGCUCCAACAACAACCAUGGUGACCAAGAAAGCCCGGACAGAAUACAUGAAGAAGUUCAGGGAUCCCAAAUGGGAGACGUUUUCUAAGUGCUACGAGGACUCUCUGAGGUACCGUCUGACCCGGCGGGUGAUGGAGUAUUCCCACAAGCCUUGGUCCUGGGAGGGCUGGGACAGUGGCUCCAACUCCAGCGGCUGGUCCACGCCGAGGCUGACCAGGAACAAAAUCGUCCCUCUGUCCCUCCCACUGCCGCCAACAUCCUCAGAGGUGAAGCAGAGGCUGCGGGAGCUGAAGAUCGGUCCUGGGCCCAAACUGGCUUCUGAGGACGAAGAGACCGAGGUUGGAGCUGGAGAGGCCUCAGUCACAGUCGCUGCACCGUCCACAGCAGAGGUUGUAGAAAACGGUGUGAAUGGAGUCAGCGGAGGUUCUGUGACGGAAGCUCCACACCCCAGCAGACCGUCAAAAGACACAGCGACAGACAACGGACCGGCUGACACCGCGACGUCUGAUGGGGAGGCAGUAAACCUGGGACCGAGACGACGUCACCGCCACCGCAACCUUCACACUGAGCUGGGACAGCAGGACAAUUGUCAUGCAAACAAACCGACUGCCGUCCGCAGGCUUCAGAGGGCCAAGAGCCAACCACCGACCAACACCAAGGAGAACCAGAGAGCGUCGAGCCGACUGGACUGGACCGAGAGACGGAUGGAGGUCCGGAGGUCACCCAACGAUAGUAACACAUCCGACACCUGCAUUCAGACCCGGCGGGAAUCCAACAAGCGGAGCUCCAACCCGGAACGUCGCCGGGCUCGAUCAGCUGACCCGGAGAAGAUGAGGCGGUCGCAGCUGGCAGUGGUGGAUGACCGCUGGGUGACAGAGUACAUGCGCUGCUUCUCCGCCCGGCAGAGGUAGAGACAGGAUCCACCUCUGACCCCUGAAAACAUGUUCACAUAUUGCAGAGCGAAUGUCAAUCAGCGGCUGAAUUUGUUUGUUAAAGCUGAAAUAACAAGCUGAGAACCACGUUGUCUCGUUACAGCUGCUCGCUGUCUCCUUGUUGGACAGCAGAAUCACAGAGCAAGACAAACUAAGGAAGUAGGCAGAGUGGGCCAUGAGAUAGAUAGUCCUCCUUACUGACAAAUAUCAUUUUUCUACAUGGUUUAGUCUGUUCAGUUGCUCCAAAUACUCUGGUACCACAGGCCUCGGCCCUGACACUGACAGUCUUACUGUGUGUGGUGUUUUUCAUUAGAGUCGAACAGGAAUCCAACAGGAACACAUGUAAUCCGCUAUAUGCAGGUGAUGGAAAAACAUUUCAAAUAGAUACAAAUGCAGAACUGAUGGUGGAACCAGGAGCGCGUCUCUUCUAGAGCUGUUCCAACAUGCUCUUCAAAUAAUAGCUAUGCAAACGAAGGCCAGGACUCUGAUGGCUCAGUAUAACCCUGCCCACUUCUUUACUUUACAGUGCAUCACACAUCAUGUCCUUCAUGAUGACGUAACGAGACAACAGGGCAGCUUUGCCUUGUUGAUUCAGAUUCAGACUGGAUCACUGCUGUUGGGGAAAAGCACCCACACUCACCAGUGACUGUAAAGUUUACAUGGUUGCUAAUUUUGAGACUAAAGUCCUUUUCAGUU